AUGAGGUUCCUCUCACUUAAUUAUCAGCGACCGGCAUAUGUAGAUAAGAAACAAUUCCUAUCAAGCAGCCAAGAAAGCGAAAGCAGUGAUGCCUCACUCAAGUUGGGCCAGCCAGGCUCUUCGUCUGGCAUUCCCGAAGCCCUCACCUUUGACAGAAUCAUGAGCGGCGGAACUUGUCCACCAUGUACCGUCCGCGAGUUUAUGGAUUACCUACUCUACAUCGAGCACUCGGCCGAGAACCUACAGUUCUUCCUUUGGUAUCGCGAUUACAUAAAGCGGUUCGACGAAGCUGAUACUUUAGACACGAAGCUCUCGCCAGAAUGGACACAAGCAAUGGAGAAUGAGACGACCAUCAAGAUCCAGAAGGACGUCGCAGGAAAAAUGAGGCGAGAGAUGAAAGCAGUGGCCAUUUUCAAGGGUACAGAUUUUGAGAAAGGGGUAGUAGAUGCAGUAAUAGAAAAUGGAGACCCCUUUUCGACACCCCCUUCUACACCAAGUACGAAGAUAACCCCUUCUUUUCUAUCGGGUUUCCAGGCCUCUAGUUACCGUUCGCAAUCCCGAGAUGCUUUUAGUGCUGCUGGUGCCACACAACCAUUCACCAUCCAGCCCUUCAGAGCAGAGAUCAACCGCUUAAUCGCGACCUACAUCGCAGAAGACGCCCCACGGCAACUUAACCUCUCGAGCCGAGAGCAAAAAGGCGUCAUCCAAGCCCUCGCAUACACAACGCACCCGUCAGCAUUCCGGACCAUCGCUAGAAGCAUAGAGAACACGCUCCGACGUCAAGCACACCCGAACUUCAUCCGCUGGACCAUCUGCAACGGCAACCCAGCACGAGUAACCUUCGCCCGAAGCCUAGGCGUCGGCACCCUCCUCUGCGCCACAGCAGGCGCCAUAAUCCUCACGCUGAGUUCCGCAGCGCGAGGCUGGCGCGCGCUCUUCGCCAUCGGCUGGGUCCUGGGCAUCGCGACGCUGACCGCGGCGUGGAAGGGCAUGUGCGUGGUCCUACACGGGCUGCAUCACCGACACGUGCGGCCGUGGGAGCUCUUCGAUUUCGCCGCGUCGUGCGAUGAGUCUGAGCUAGGCGAUCGAAGUAGAGAAGCUAAGGGAAAUAAUAGCUUCGACUCGUUUGGCUCUAGUAAUAGCUACGAGGACGAGCCGUGGGUGGUGCGGUACGAGCGCCGUGGACUGCUGCGGAAGGUGUUUGACCGUGAGGUUUGGAUUCAGGAGCCGGCGCUUAGGCAGAUACAGGACGUCAUUUUUGUGCAGGCGCUGGUGGGUGGGUUGGUGGGUGCUGGCUUGCUGACGGCUGUGUUUGUGAGUGUGCCUGCUGGGAGGUUCUUCUGA